UUGUAUUGCUACCAGCCCCAGGUGCAGCAGAUGUAUUGCUCCUCACACCCUUUCCAUCAGUACCCCUCAGGAGGCAGCUACCCCGUGACUUACAUCGCUUCCUCGCACUACCCCUACCAAAGGAUUGCUCCUCAGAGCAGCCAAGAAUCUCAGCAGCCUCUGUUCCCCAAACCCAUCUACUCCUACAGCAUCCUGAUCUUCAUGGCUCUCAAAAACAGCAAGACAGGGAGUUUGCCAGUCAGUGAGAUUUACAAUUUCAUGACGGAACAUUUCCCUUACUUUAAGACAGCUCCAGAUGGUUGGAAGAAUUCCGUGCGCCACAACUUAUCCUUGAACAAGUGCUUUGAGAAAGUUGAGAACAAGUCAGGGAAUUCUUCUCGAAAGGGCUGUUUGUGGGCUCUGAAUCCAGCCAAGAUUGACAAGAUGCAGGAGGAGCUUCAGAAAUGGAAGAGGAAAGACCCAGUUGCUGUGAGGAAGAGUAUGGCAAAGCCAGAAGAGCUUGACACCCUGAUAGGCGACAAGAGCGAGAAGCUGCGCUCCUCCCUGGCGUCCUGCAGCCCGCCGGGCGCCGCGGGUGCCUCCCUCUCCAGGCAGAUGGCAGCGCAAUCCCAUCCCUUGUGCGAGCCCUCGCUCUCCUCGGGGGUCCCGCAGGGAUUCCACGGCAUCCACGCCCCGGCAGCUCUGCACGCCAAGAGCCCCCUGCCCGCUUUGCUGGGGGGGCAGCAGCCCGGCUGCUACGCAUCCCCCCAGGGCUUCCCCCAAAUCCCCACCGCGCUGCUGCAGCACACGCCCGAGCCUCCGAGCCUGUUCCCUGCUGGGGAGGCUCAAAGCCAGCUCCGGACUCAGCCCAGCAUCCCUCAGGAUUCCCCAGUGCCGGCCCAGAGCCCCCCGAGCUGCGGGAUGAAGAUGCUGCCCGAGCAUUCCCCGGCCAGGACGGUGCAGGACACGCUGCUGCAGGAGGGAGACCUCAGCAAUGACAUCGAUGCUCUGAAUCCAUCCCUCACUGAUUUUGAUCUCCAAGGGAACCUUUGGGAGGAGCUGAAAGACGACAGCCUGGCCGUGGAUCCGCUUGUCCUCAUUUCAUCAUCCCCGCAGUGCUUUCCCUCGCACUGCCAGCUGGAGAGCGGCGGCAGCGCGCCCGGGGGCGCGCCCGGGAGCGCGCACGGGGGCGCGCCGGAGCUGCAGCUCACCACGCUCUACUCCGCCUUCAUGGAGCUGGACACGGUGUCCCCCUCGUACCUGAGCAACCCCGGCUCCAAACCCAUCGCCCUGAUGUGAAGCACAGCCCCGAACAUCGCCCCGACCAUCGAUGGUGCGGGAAUGUCCAUUUGAUCUUUUUUGGUUUUUUUGGUUGGUUUUUUUUUUUUUUUUCCUCCAGAACUUGCCCGCAGGAUAUGUAGCUUUACUAUGAUGAUUUUCUACAGACAGACAGAUAUUAAAAAAGAAAUCAAAAAAAAAAAUUAAAUAUUAUUUAAAGAGAAUAUGGUUAACAGCUGAACUUGUCAACGCCAUUUUAUCAAGCUACUCAUCUUCUUCGUCUUCCAGGAAUAAGAGGAAAACAAAUUCUUGACCUUUUUUCUUUUCUUUUUUUUUUUU